CUUAUGUUGAAAUCCUUGACCGGAAAUGCUUUUUUGGAAGAGUUACUAGCUGCUAGCGAUUCUCGGAUUGUUGGCUAAUCUAGCUAGCAGAUGCUGACCGUUUUUAUUUAUUAUUGAUGUAUUUACGUGUAUGAGACGUUUUGUCAAGCGCCACUCCUGGUGAAGGGAGGAGGAUGGCACCACGACAGCGGGUCCCACGACGGAUCCAGAAAACCGAUGAACCAGGGAUAGACGAUGACUCUGACAGGGACUCUGGCGUCGGGGGAGAUGCUGGAGAGGACGAUGACACUUGCAGUGGAAGCUCAACUCCAGAAAAUGAGGACACACAAGAUGACAACACAUUGGAGGGCGAAUUCACGGUUUUUGUGUCAUUUAAAGGGAAUAUGGAUGAUGAAGACUUCACUCAAAAACUGGACAGUAUUCUCAGUGGAAUCCCUGACAUGCUGGAUAUGGGUACAGAGAGGCUACUGCCUCAUCAUGUUGAACCAUGGAAUAGUGUUCGAGUCACCUUCAACAUUCCUCGUGAAGCAGCUGAGCGUCUUAGACUCUUGGCUCAAAACAAUCAGCAGCAGCUCAGAGACCUUGGGAUUUUGUCAGUACAGAUUGAAGGGGAAGGAGCCAUUAAUGUUGUACCAGGACCAAACAGAGGACAAGUAAAUGGACCAAUUGGAGGACCCAGCCAGAUGAGGAUGGAUGUUGGCUUUCCAGGUCAGCCUGGUCCAGCUGGCAUAAGAAUGGGUAAUCCAUCAAUGGUUCCCCCUGGUCCCGGUAUGCCAGGACAGGCCAUGGUUCCUGGCAGCAGUGGACAGAUGCAUCCUCGUGUUCCCAGGCCACCUUCCCAAACAGAUAUGAUAGAGUCCAUGAUGCCAGGCAUGCCAAUUCAGCCUCAGCAACAACUUCAGCACCAACAAUCUGGACCCCACGGCUCAGGCCCCAUGCCUACUCAAGCAGCUCAUCACAUGCAGGCUCUGCAGUCCGGCAGAGCCCUGAACCCUGCUCUGCAGCAACUCCAGCAACAGCAUCACCAACAACAACAAGCCCAGCAGCUUUCACAACUCGGUCCUAGGCCACCAUUCACUUCAUCAGGGCAGAUGGCAAUGCCUCCUGGCUGGAAUCAAAUGCCUCAAGGUGCACAAGGAGGUCCCGCCUGGAGAAAACCUCCACCACAAGGUCAAAUGAUGCAGCGGCCACCUUCACUUGCUUCAGUUCAGACCCCGAGUCACCCUCCACCCCCAUAUCCCUUUGGUAGCCAACAGGCUGGCCAAGUCUUUAAUGCCAUGGGUCAAGCCCAGCUGCAGCAGCAGCAGCAGCAGCAGCAACAACCAGGGAUGAGUCAGUUUGCCACGCCACAGCCUAAAGGCCCUCAAGGUGGACCCGGAGGGGUUAUAGGACCACCUAGACCACCUCCACCAAUGCCUGCAGCAUCUGGCUCGCAGGGCAACCUCACUGCAAAAUCUCCUGGGUCUUCCUCAUCACCUUUCCAGCAGGGGUCACCUGGUACUCCACCAAUGAUGGCUCAGAGGCCCACAACUCCUCAAGGCUUUCCUCAAGGUGUCGGCUCACCAGGUCGAGCAGCUCUUGGUCAACAGCCUGGCAUGCAGCAAGGAUUCAUGGGAAUGCAACAACAUGGACAGCCUGGAGCCCAGGGUCAUCCAGCAAUGGGUAAACGUCCAAUGGUUUUCCCCAACCCAAAUUUUGUCCAGGGUCAGGUGAGUGUUAACGCACCAGGAGCCCCAAUGGGAGGAGCGAAUCAACAGUUGCAAAGUAACCAGACACUUACUCAUACAGGAAAUCAGCCAUCUGUUUCCACACCAAAUUCAGUUCAGGGCCAUCCUCACUCGCAGCCCAAUGUGAUGGGUGUACAAAGCAGCAUAGCAGGUCCUCCACCAGGUACCACUGCUGGUCCUCAGAUGAUGGGCCUCCAGCAUCAGGCCCAGCCUGUGUCUUCUUCCCCCAGCCAGAUGGCUCAAGCACAGGGUGGUGGUCAGACUGUCCUCUCCAGGCCGCUUAAUCAAGGACAGAGAGGUGGAAUGACCCCACCCAAGCAAAUGUUGCCUCAGCAAGGCCAGGGGGUGAUGCAUGGGCAGGGUCAGAUGGUUGGAGGCCAAGGGCACCAGGCCAUGCUCCUUCAGCAGCAGCAGCAGCAGCAGCAGCAGCAAAAUCCCAUGAUGGAGCAAAUGGUUGCCAAUCAAAUGCAAGGGAAUAAACAGGCAUUUGGAGGGAAGAUACCCCCAGGGGUAAUGUCCGGCCAGAUGAUGCGUGGACCUUCUCCAAAUAUUCAAGGAAACAUGCCUCAGUUCCAGAAUCAGGUUCAGCAGAUGACCCCGCAACAGCAACAGCAAAUGGCUCAACUUCAACAACAGCAGUUACAGCAGCAGCAUCAGCUACAGCAACACCAACUUCAGCAACAGCAACAUGCGCAGAUGAACCAGCAGGGACAACAGGUGCCCAUGUCUGGAAACACUGGUCAGGUGAUGGGCAUGCAUGGGCAGCAGAUGAGGCUCCCUGCAGGUCAUCCCCUCAUUCAGCAGCAGCUCCAGCAGCAGCAGCUACAGCAGAAGCAGCAGCAGCAGGCCAUGUUACAGCAACAAGCUGCUCAGCAACAUCCUCAUCCCAUGGGGGAUCCUUCUGGUGCAUCUGGAGACAUGGGGGUUCAGCAAAUGGUGCCAGAUAUGCAAGUACAGCAGCAACAAGGCAUGUUGGGAGGCCCACAGCACAUGCAAAUAGGAAAUGGACAUUUUCCUGGUCAUGGCAUGAACUUUAACCCCCAGUUCACUGGUCAGAUGCAGAUGGGUGGACCUUGUGGACAGGCAGGUAACUUUGCUGGGAGCAAAGAUGUCACAUUGACCAGCCCGUUACUGGUCAACUUGUUGCAGAGUGAUAUAUCAGCAAGUCAGUUUGGACCAGGGGGAAAGCAGGGAGCAGGCGGAGCAAAUCAAGCUAAGCCUAAAAAGAAGAAACCACCUCGAAAGAAGAAGUCAAAAGAAGGUGAAGGUCAACAAGGAGAUGGACUUGGUGGUAUUGAGGCUGGCAUGGAGGAUUCGGAACUGGGUGAACAAAGCCUGGGCUUAGAUAACCCAGUAACCAAAAUCCCAGAAUUUCCUAAUAGACCCACAGGUUUUCCUGGACAAUCAGGAGAUCAAAGGGUGUUGCAGCAAGUGCCAAUGCAGUUUAUGCAGCAGCAACAGCAGCAGCAGCAGCAGCAGCAGCAACAACAACAACAACAACAACAACAACAACAACAACAAUUACAGCACAUGCAGCAGCAGCAGCAGCUCCAACAUUUACAGCAGCAGCAAAUGCAUCAGAUGCAGGGAAUGAGUGGGCCACAAUCUGGAUUGAUGGGAGCACAAACUGGAAUGUUGCAACAACAAGGAAUAACAGGGUCCCAAUCUGGAAUGCCACAACAGGGAAUGGCUGGGCAACAGCAAGGAAUGACAGGACCUCAAUCUGGAAUGCCACAACAGGGAAUGCCUGGGCAACAACAAGGAAUGACAGGACCUCAAUCUGGAAUGCCCGGGCAACAGCCCGGAAUGCCCGGGCAACAGCCCGGAAUGCCCGGGCAACAGCCCGGAAUGCCCGGGCAACAGCCAGGAAUGACAAAUGCCCAGUCUGGACUGUCAGUGCCACAACCUGGAAUGAGUGGGCAGCAACAAGGAAUGCAAGGACCACAGCAAGUUAUGCCCGGGCAACAACAAGGAAUUGCAGGGCAGCAGCAGGGAAUGGUUGGCCUUCACCAGGGACAACAAGCUUCAGUCCAAGGUCAACCACAGAUGCACCCUCAUCAGGUUCAACAGCAACAAGCUCAGCAACAGUCACAUCUACAGCAACAGCAGCAACAACAGAUGAUAAUGAUGAUGAAGAUGCAGCAGGAACAGGCGAAAAAUCGUAUGUCAAUGCCUCCAGGAAGCCACUUGCCUCCUCGUGGCAUGGCUAACUCACCAGAGGUACAGAGGCUUCCUGUCUCUCAGCAAGGUAACAUGCCUGUGAUGAUAAGCCUUCAAGGCCCUGGGAGCGUACCACCCUCACCGGAUAAAGCCAGAGGGAUGCCUAUGAUGGUUAAUCCACAACUUACAGGUGCUUCAAGAAGAAUGUCCCACGCAGAUGUAGGACAAGGACAAUCUACACCAGCAGAAGAGCCCACAGCUGUGGCACAGCCAAAGCAAGACAGACCUGCUGGCACUGAAAUGCCAGGGCAACCACCAAAUGGAGCACAGCAGAUGGCAAACCAAGGCUCAAAUUCUCACAUGAUAAAGCAAGGCCAGUCACCCAUGACACAACAUCCUGGAGCCAGUCCACAGCAACCGCUGCCUAAUCAGUCUCAGCAAGGAGCCACAAUGGCUAGCCUUCAUUUUCCAAAUGUCCCCACAACGUCACAAAGUUCAAGGCCCAAAACACCCAACAGAGCCAGUCCCAGACCCUACCACCCCCUCACACCUACAAACCGCCCACCCAGUACUGAGCCCAAUGAAAUCAACCUUUCCCCCGAAAGGCUAAAUGCUUCAAUUGCAGGACUUUUCCCUCCAAAAAUCAACAUUCCCUUGCCUCCCAGGCAACCUAACUUGAACAGAGGGUUCGACCAACAAGGUCUUAAUCCAACCACACUCAAAGCUAUUGGACAGGCUCCUCCUAGUUUAGCACUCCCUGGAAAUAACAGUAAUGGGAGUGUAAGUGGAAAUGUCCCUAACAGCAGUCAUCAGUCCUUUCCCUCAGGUACUGGUGCAGGAGCAACUGGCACUAAACAGGAAAAGCAGUCUGGGACACAGGGCAAAAGAGCAAGUCCUAGCAACAGCCGAAGAUCUAGUCCAGCAUCAAGUCGCAAAUCUGCCACUCCAAGCCCAGGGAGGCAAAAGGGCCCAAAGAUUGUAUGCUCUCCACAUCAGCAGCAGCUUGUCAAUCCACAGGGGCAAAUGAUGAUGCUGAGCCCCUCCUCAAUCCCUUUAAAUACAGGUGCCAUGCCCCCACAAGCUACUGGGGGGAUGGAGCAGCAAACACAGUCACCUUUCAGUGUAAUUCAGGGUAAUAAUGUAGAGGCAGGCAAAGAUAGCCAGGGAGAUCCACGGCCAGUACCACAGUCACAUGCUAUGAGGGAGCUAACCUCUCCCAGAUUGGCAAGUCCACGCAUCCCUACACCACAGCAGACAGACUCUCCGGGAUCCAAUAGGCAUUCACAAGAUCUUGAUAUAUCUCCUGCGCUUAGGGAGGCUCCGACAUCCCUCAACCAGUUAUUGGACAAUAUUAAUGUGCCCGUCCGACCUUUACAGAUGGGGAAGUCUGAAGGAGAAAAAACACAUAGUAAUGCUCAAAACUUAGGGCAGUCUACUGUGCCCACUACAAGUGACUCAAAACCUGCUGUUACUGUUCUUACAAGUAGCCAUAGUCAACAUCAAGCUUCAGUUCCUGGCUCAGUUCCUAGCACUACCGUUAACCCUAGUUCCACCACCAGUUCAAACCCUCUUAUGCCCUCUCUUUGUGUCAGCUCACAGGCCACUACUCAACACCUCAACACUACUAACACUACUGUAAAUAGUCCCAGCCCACUAACCUCUGGUCAUGCUUCUGCUAUUUCUACAAGUUCUCAUGUAACCCCAGCAUCUUCAAAACCAAUCCCUACUUCUAAUAAACCUGUGCACUCACUCAUACAGAUCCCUGCUUCGUCUAGCACCAUUUCACCAAGUCAGAUUACUGUUUUUGUCAGUUCUAACACGAUUACCUCAGCGCCCAACUCUCAGCCGCCCACUUCAAUGGUUGCUCUUCCCAACAAGAACCUCAGGCCUCAAGACAUCCGCCAACAGAGCCCCGCCACACGACCGCAAUUUAUUACGACGACGCCACUAUUUAUUAACCCUAUCAUUCAGGUUCCCGGUGCAUCGGUAACAUCUAAUACUACUGUUGGGUCACAGCCACUUACAAUGGUCCAAGUGUCUACUGCUAACAUGCAACUGUCUCCCGCCCUCAGCUCACAGCCACGGCCUAUUCAUAUUACAACCACUGUACCGUCUUCAAUCCUUAAUGUUACUUCACAAACAAAUCAGCAAGUGAGCUCCGCCACUGCUAAACCAGACAAUCUUAAUGAUACCAUCCAAAAACCAAGUCCUCCAUUGCAGCAGCCUUCUCCCCAUCCUAUUCCUCCUGUGUCAUCUCCCUUUCAGCCACCCAUGUCCUCUCCUCCCCCUUCUUUGAGUCCAGGAGCAAUAACGGCUGUGCGGAAGAAUUCUGUCUCACCAUCAGCUCCUGCCCAAGUCAUAACUGGAGAUAGAUCAUCAUAUAUUGUCACAACACAGGCAUUAAACCCUCCUACCAGCUCACCCCUUCAAAUGGAAACUCCUCCCUCAAGAACUACUCCUGGGCAAAUUGCAGCACAGAUUGUACCAUCUCAAGACACUAUGGCUAAUGUGACAACCGCUGCCACCAUGCUAUCUACAGUCACUGCUGCACACAGCUCUUUACCAUCUGUAGUUCCCAUUGUGGCUGUGCCUGUGUCUGAGGAUAGCCCUGGUGUUACCUCAGCUGCUAACACCACGUCCAACCAGGCUGCUCCACUGGCUGAGUCCCACACAUCUUCAACUCUUGGUGACAGCAGCCAGACCAGCACAGCAACCUCACAGGACCUUACACAAACCAGAGAAACACCUGGGGAAGAAGUCUCCACUGGUCCAGAACAGGGAUGGGCAAAGAAAAGAAAGACGCCCAUCAACUUAGUUCCAAGAGUGGCUGCAGUAGAGAAGCCAAAGGGGCCAAGUAGGCGGAGCUCCCGGGCAGAGAAGGAGACUGAAGAAGAGCCAGUUGUGGACAGUAGCAGUCGGAAAAGAUCGGCAAGGCCAGCAACACACACUGCUGUAAAAGGUUGGACUAAUACAAAAACUGGAGCAAGCCCGACCCAGGCCAAAAGAAGGAAGUCUAAAUAGGCUGAAGUUUUAAACCCUGUGAACAGUACUGUACAUUUUAGUGUUUCCGUUGUUAAUCAGUUGCUAAUGAAUUCUGUGAUAGACUUAAUCUAAAGAGUAUACAUGUACAGUUUGUUUUAAAAUAAUCAUGCCAUUGUUUUGUCCCUGCUAUCAUGUCAGACUGUAGUUAGAAUGUGUGCACAUAGUGUUUGUAUGAGUGAGCUUUUUAUAUGAAAUGCUGGAUUUGUCAUUUUAUGAUUGAUAAUGUUAUAUGAUUGUAUAAUUAUGUUGUACAACUGAAUUAAAUUUUCUACUGCUUUUGUCCCGUGAA